GGUUCUGCACAUGAUGAACCGACCAUUUUACUCCCGACGCAUUCUUUCCCUUUGUGAUUUGAUUUCCCUCCCCUUUAAUUUCCCAACUGGAGGGGAUCCGGCCGCGAGCGUAAUCUCUGGUCCAUUGUCGCGAGCUUAAGGUCCUGAAACCCUAGAUUGAUCGCUGCGAUGGCUUCUGCCGCCGCGCGAAACCUUGAUCGAUCCAUCUCCGACUCUUCCCAGUCUCCUCCUUCCGGCCGGAGCCGUCGAUCCGUCCACCGUGCUCUGGGCAGCGGCGCAGUUGCCGAUGUCUUACUGUGGAGGAACCCAACUGCGACGGCAUCUGUGGCAGGGGCUGCAACUGUCUUCUGGAUUCUCUUUGAACUGGCCGGCUACAGUUUGCUAUCUCUCGUCGCGAACUCGCUACUUCUCUUGGUCACCAUCCUCUUCUUUUGGGGAAAAUCUGCGUCCCUCCUUAAUAGACCUCUUCCCCCUCUUCCCAAACUCGAGGUUUCAGAGGAGCUCGUUGGAAAGGUUUCUGAUGAGGCGCGGAAAUGGAUCAAUCAUGCAUUGUCCAUUGCACGUGAUAUUGCUAUUGGAAGGGACAGGACUGUUUUCUUUAAGGUCAUAUUGGUGUUAUGGACUGCGUCUUAUAUCGGUGGUUUAUUUAGCUUCUUCACCUUUGUCUAUAUCGGAGUGGUUCUAUCUCUCACGAUUCCUGCAGUGUAUGAGAAGUUUCAGGAUCCUAUUGAUGAAAAAUUUUGUUUAGCACACAGUUUACUUCUGAAGCACUUUGAUAAUGCCCUUAGCAGAACAUUAAGACAAUCAAACAAGGAAAAGAAGAUAUUAUAGAAAGGCGUCACAUUCUCUGUCCCAAAUAUACAAACCAUUUGUACCACUUCAUGAUAUUGUUUUGGUGGAGUUUGUCAGGUUUUGCAAUAAUUUUGGUUUAUUGUAGUACUAUAAAUUGAAUGAAGUUAUUGAUUUCAGCUAAAAUCUCUUGGAGUGGUAUUU